GCUAAAGAUUAUCUGCAAAAACUCUCUCCAAAGCAGGGCUCAAAAGGUGACACAUCACCAAAGCCUGUUAUUUCCAAAACUGAAAUCUCUAAAGAUGAAUCAGGCUUUGGGCUUACUCAUGACCAGUCCCAGUCUCAAUCUCCUAAACCUGCUGCCUCAACUAUAUCAGAAAAGGGUUUAGGCUUUGGCUCUUCCAUCAUCAGCAGAGCAUCUGACCUUAUUUCUUCAGCUGUUCAGGAUGAAGCAUCUAUGACACCACCAUCUUCUCGUAAAAGUUCUGCAGAGUGUGUGCCACAUGAAAAAACAUCAACACCAACUGUUUCACGCAAGGUACCUGUAGUUUCUGAUAAAGAGUCAAAAUCAAUUACUCAACAACCAAGAACCGAGAAGAAAAUAUCAGAGCUUCAGACCACCAAAGGUGAAGCGAAGGAAGGUGACAGUUUAUCAGCUUGCCCACUGUGCAAUGAGAAAUUCAAAAAUAACACACCAAAUGUAAACACUUGUACAUCUUGCAAGAUGACUGUGUGUAAUCUCUGUGGAUUUAACCCCAUGCCAGAUCAAACUGAGGUGAAGGAGUGGUUAUGUUUGAACUGCCAGAUACAGCAAUUAUCAGCUUCACCUGCACAGCCAGAGGCUAAAAAGAUACUGCCACUUGGACCAGCAGAGUGGAUGGAAACUCCAAUUGCAUCUGAGAAGAAAUCAACUCUUUCAGUAGAUGUCACAGACAACAAUAAAAUCCUUCCUGAAGUUGGAAAAUCAGAGGACCAACCCUUUGUGCCAGCAUCACAGAAUCCCACUUCUACUUCUUCAAUAUCACAGCCUUCUCCUGAUAAGUCUUCUCAACCUCCAAAAGCUGAGACUCCAAAAGAGGAUAAGAGUUCAGCUGUUUCUCAAACUUCUGCAAAGGCUGCAUUAGUUUUGCCUGCAUCUGUAGAAACUGUUACCUCUGGGAAGACAAAAUCACCUACUGUUCAGAAACAAGAAGAAAUGAAACCUGCAGAUGAAGCACAAAAUGCUCAGUCUGCCAAAGCACCAUCUGCUCUUGAAAAAGUGGGUGCAAAUUUAUCCACACUUCAAAAAGGCUGUCCAAUCUGCAAGGAUAUAUUCAAGGAAGAUCCUCCAAACUACAAUACUUGUAAUUCCUGCAAAGCCAUUGUGUGUAACUUUUGUGGUGGAUUGAACUCCAGGGCAGAAAUAACUGAGAAGAAGAACUGGCUGUGUGUGAACUGCCAGAGGCAGCAAGCACCAGUACCUCUUCCUGCAAAGGCAAAGGAAGUACCUCUUACAGAAUCAGAGAAGGAGGUUCCAAGUCCAGGUCCUACAAAGAAAAAGACAAGUAUUCCAGUGGGUGAUACAGAGUAUGAUCAGAUACCCACAAUAAAUGGAAAACCUCAUGACAAACUCACUUCAGAAAAGACCCCAAAAGCGACUACUAGUGUGGCAGAACAGAAACCAUCUUGUGUUGAGUCUGGCGACCCACAAAAUACAAAACCUCCAGAGAAACAGUCUGGCCUCUUUGGUUUCAGUUUUGGUGGUACUAAAUCACGACCACCAUCUCCUCAGCUGGCUGCCUCUGCAGUUUCUGGGAGAGUUCUAGGCUUUGGUUCAUCCUUCCUCAGCUCAGCCUCUAAUCUGAUCUCUUCAGCUGUUCAGGAUGAACCAUCCAUCACACCACCAACCUCUCGUAAGGGUUCUACAAUUUCUUUAAAAAACACUACAACACCUCCUUUGUCCCGCAAGAGUUCAGCAGCAUACCAACAUGGGAAAAAGAAAGAAAUAGAAAAUAAAUUGCAAGACCAGGUGGCAAAGGAAUCAGUUCCUCUUCAGAAAAAGGAUACAGCUUGUUUAGGGCUUCUAAAAGCUUGUCCACUCUGUAAGGCUGACCUCAAGGAUGAUCCACCCAACUGUAACACCUGCACACAAUGUAAAACUAUUGUGUGUAACCUUUGUGGAUUUAGUCCUAUUCCACAAGAAACUGAGGUGUUAGAGUGGCUGUGUUUGAGCUGCCAAAUACAGAGAGCCUCAGGACCUCCUGCAAAAACCCAGUCAGAGGUUAACAAGGUACCUUCUCCAACAUUACCAAAGGAAAAAGACACUUCUGCUGCAGGUGUUCCACAGAAGAACCCAAGUCUUCCAGUAAAUGCCAAAGAUGAGAAGCCAUCUGGAGUUGGAAAACCAGUAGAUAAACCUAUUAAAACAGAAUCCCACCAAGACACUGCUCCCUCAACUCAACUUUCUCCUGCAAAAUCUGUGCCACCACAAACAGUUGAACCUCAAAAGGAUGAUUCAAACUUGUUUGGUUUCAGUUUUAGGGGUACUCGAUCAAGGUCACCAUCUCCUCAGCCUGACAUCUCAGCUGUUUCUGGAAAGGUUCUAGGCUUUGGCUCCUCCUUUCUCAGUUCUGCAUCUAAUCUGAUCUCAUCAGCUGUUCAGCCUGAGCCUUCUACAACACCACCAACAUCCCGUAAAGGAUCUACAACUUCUCAAACUUCUAGUCACUUGGAGCUUGCCUAA